CAGAAAUGAAUGGAAUGACCAAACUUCUAAAACAUUGAAGCUGAAUACCAAGCCUCCCCGUCCCACUCCCCAGCAAGCAGCACAGACCUCACCCGCUUAAGACCCCAACUCUGGGAACCCUCCCUGCCAGAGGCUUCCUGAGGCCUGUGUAACUGAACAUGUUUGGAUUUGCCUUGCCAUCAGCAGGUGAGGCUGUUGUCAGCUAAUAAAUAGCUCAUUACUCAAUGGAUUAAGGUAGAAAGUGGACCUUCAGCGUUCAAAAGAUGGUACCAGGCCAACAAAUGACACGCCCAGAUGGAAGGCCCCAGGGAGGAGAGCUUCUCUAAAAUGUUGCCAUCUGGAUCAACUGGAGGGUGAGGCUGAUGAGUCAAAGGGCAGAGGAGUGUGGAGGAAAGGAACACCGGAUGUGGUGUCAGGAGGUCUCGACGGAAGUGCCUGCCCCACCACGUGCUGGAUGGCCUUGACAGUGAUGCAGCCUCUCUGAACUUCGGUAUCCUCGUCGUCUCUAAAAUGUAGAUUGUCAUCCCGGCCGCUGGGGCAUUGAGAGAAUUGAUAUAUGGCUGGAACGAGAUAAGGUACCAGCUGCCACGAAGGCUGAGUUCCUCCUUGACCUUGAGAAGGGCCUCAUGGGCCAGGGGAGGAGUCAGACAUAUCAACAAAUCAACCAACUGACCGAUGUUAACAUCGCCAGAAAUGGGACAAAGUGACAUCAUACAGCUCCUGAUAUGAUACCCUGAGAUGAACCCAGCAUCACCUCUGGCUACCCUGGCCAAGUCUGCACAGCAUGAACCCAAGUGUGCCGGUCCAACAAAAGCCCCUGGGUCUGUUUGACUUGUUCAAGUGUCCACUGUGGAAGGAUUUGGGGAACCUGAAAAUACUUUGUACAGAUAACAUUUUUUUUAAAAAAGAAGAAAAGUAGAAGCACUUAAAUUCUGCACUUGAAGAGACAGAUUCCUCUCCUAGAUUUUGAGAGGUAUGUGAAUGGCCAUGCAAAAAAACAUUAUGAAGAUGCACAAAUACCCUUAACCAACCAUAAGAAAUCAGAAAAGCAAGAAAAAGCUCAGCACACAGUAUGUAUGGAUUGCAGUAGCUACAGUACAUACUGUUAUCGCUGUGAUGAUUUUGUGAUUAAUGACACCAAGCUGGGACUGGUACAGAAAGUCAGAGAACACUUACAGAACUUGGAAAACUCAGCUUUCACAGCUGACAGGCAUAGGAAAAGAAAACUUUUGGAAAACUCAUCACUGAACAGCAAGUUACUAAAAGUAAAUGGAAGCACCACUGCCAUUUGUGCCACAGGCCUUCGGAAUUUGGGGAACACGUGUUUCAUGAACGCCAUCCUUCAGUCACUCAGUAACAUUGAGCAGUUUUGCUGUUAUUUCAAAGAGCUGCCUGCUGUGGAGUUAAGGAAUGGGAAGACAGCGGGAAGGCGAACGUACCAUACCAGGAGCCAGGGGGACAACAACGUGUCUUUGGUGGAAGAGUUUAGAAAGACACUCUGUGCAUUAUGGCAAGGUAGCCAGACUGCAUUUAGCCCAGAGUCCCUAUUUUAUGUUGUUUGGAAGAUUAUGCCGAAUUUUAGGGGCUAUCAGCAGCAGGACGCUCAUGAGUUCAUGCGCUACCUGUUAGACCACCUGCACUUGGAACUCCAGGGCGGUUUCAACGGUAUUUCCCGCUCAUCAAUUCUGCAAGAGAAUUCUACUCUGUCUGCAAGUAACAAAUGUUGCAUAAAUGGAGCAUCCACAGUUGUCACGGCUAUAUUCGGAGGCAUUCUCCAAAAUGAGGUUAACUGCCUCAUAUGUGGGACAGAAUCUAGAAAGUUUGAUCCAUUCCUAGACCUUUCAUUAGAUAUUCCAAGUCAGUUCAGAAAUAAACGCUCUAAGAAUCAAGAAAAUGGACCAGUUUGUUCAUUACGAGAUUGUCUUCGCAGUUUUACCGACUUAGAAGAACUUGAUGAGACAGAGUUAUAUAUGUGCCACAAGUGCAAGAAGAAACAAAAGUCCACUAAAAAGUUUUGGAUUCAGAAACUACCCAAGGUGCUAUGCUUACAUUUGAAAAGAUUUCAUUGGACAGCAUAUUUAAGAAACAAAGUUGAUACAUAUGUAGAAUUUCCCCUGAGAGGCCUAGACAUGAAAUGCUACUUACUAGAGCCUGAGAACAGUGGCCCGGAGAACUGCCUCUAUGACCUUGCUGCUGUGGUGGUGCACCAUGGUUCCGGGGUCGGUUCUGGACAUUACACAGCAUAUGCAACUCACGAAGGUCGCUGGUUCCAUUUCAAUGACAGUACUGUAACACUGACUGAUGAAGACACCGUUGUGAAGGCCAAGGCCUACAUCCUUUUUUAUGUGGAACGCCAGGCCAAAGCUGGGUCGGAUAAACUUUAAUACCUCCUCCAAAUCAUUAUUCGUCAACUAUACCGGACAAACAUUUCCAAUUUUCCAUAAAUACUUGAUCCAAGAUUUAAUUUCAUUAUGCACUUUUCAGUUUCCUAUUUUGGGUUUAGUUUUAUUUUGUCAAUGGUAGUGACUUAUUGAACAUGGGCACCAACUAAUUUUUUUUUUUAGUUCUACCAGAAAACCUCAGCAGAUAUUUUGAUUUGCUGCUUUAGUUGUAAUAAUUCAGUUUUUAUAUGUAGUUUCAAGAACUUAGUUCUAUUUGACUUUUUUAUAUUAAUGUUCAAUUCUCACUUUGAGGCACAUUUACAUCAAUGCAUUGUUACUCUCACAUGCUGAAAGGAAGAUACGUUCCUGAUUGUGAAGAGCAACGUAACCACCUGCUGCCUUCUCACAGCUGUAACGGAGAUCAGGUUGGCUCAAAAUCAGGGAUCAUGUGUGCACGUAAUUUGUGGCCCACAAGAUUUCAGUGACUGCUCAGUAAUCAUUCUCUUUGCUUGUAAAAGAUAACUGAAAGGGCAUCAUUAAGUAGACCAGGUAAUUGCUGCUCUUCGUAUCUCUCAGAGCUGCACUAACUAAAUUUGUUGGUUCAGUUGUAACUAUGUUGCAAAUUCAAGAAUUACCUUUUUUUUUUUUUUGAUUUUGGGGUAUUUUCAUGGAGAUAGGAGUACUGAAAACUCCCAGGAAGGCCAAAUACACUUAAGUGUUUAAAAAA